AUGACUGACACCGCAGAUAUCAAGAAUCAGCUUCCGUACGAGGUAGAAAAACUAUCCGACGAGAGCCUUGCUCCAGACGAUGCCGUCCUCCAGGCCCAGGGUCAUCGGCCCGAGCUUGCACGGUCAUUUUCCUGGGUGGGAGCCAUUGGAUUGUCGUUCAGUAUUGCCAACUCAUGGUUAGGUUACGGAGCAACGUUCGGAACGCCCCUGGCAUAUGGAGGUGGCCCGACCGUCCUCUUCGGAGUGAUGAUUGCGGCGGUAGCGCAAUGGAUCGUGCUGCUAGGACUGGCAGAGCUGUGCUCUGCAUUACCCUCUUCAGGGGGUCAAUAUCACUUCACAUAUAUCCUCGCUCCACCGAAGUACAAGAAGUUUGCCGCAUACACAGUUGGUAUUACCAAUGUAAUAGCAUGGUGGGUUAGUGCGGCAUCGGGCAUCAUCUAUACAGGCAUCUCGGCGUUUGGGAUAGCAGUGUUCUGGUAUCCAGACUUUCAGCAUGAGAGGUGGCAGAUAUACUUGUGUUAUGUGUUGGUGGUCACUUUGACCUGUAAGGCCCCAAGACGUUAUGAUUACCUGACGAAAACCACGUUUACCCUGUCCAUAACCGGCUUAAUCAUAGUCUUGAUAGCUGUGCUCGCCUCAGGCCGGGGACGCUACCAUCCUGAAAUCCUCACGACGUUCCAGGGGACCAGUGGCUGGGACACGGCCCCAGCAUGGUUGCUGAGCAUCACGAUGGGACAAUACUGCUAUGCGGCUAUCGGAGCUGUCACACAUAUCGCGGAGGAAAUGCCACAACCGGGCCGGAGGAUCCCUCUUGUGAUGUAUGAUCGACCACAGAUAAAUGUUGACAUUCCGCUAACUGUUGGCAGUAAUCUCGGAGUCCUAGUAGGUGUUAUGACAGCUGUACCGUGGGUCACAGUGAUGCUCUGCGGCAUCCAUGACAUUGAUGCAGUUCACAAGGCUUUCAUCCCUAGCAUGGAGGUCUACUACCAAGCGACAGGAAGCAAGGUGGGCGCCACAGCGCUGCAAGCCUUCAUGACAUUUCUGUAUUGGAGUAAGUCGGUGCCCUUUGCCUGCGGUCCAAGCCAAUGGAUAACCUCGAGUCGGAUCGCGUGGGCGUUCUCUAGAGAUGUAUGUUUCCAGGCGCAGCCAAGAAUUAAGAACGGCCUUCCUUUCUCCCACUAUUGGAAUUUCAUCGACCCGAAGUUCAACAUCCCCGUGCGCACCACAUUCCUGUCGGUUUCGUUCUGUCUCCUUUACGGCCUGGUCUAUAUCGCCAGUUCGACCGCAUUCAACUGCAUCGUGAACAUGUCGAUCCUCUUCUUGAACAUCAGCUUCACCGUCCCACAGGCCAUCCUGGCGACAGUUGGACGGGACAAGCUUCCGGUACGCGCUUUUAACCUGGGUCGAUGGGGAUACGCAGUGAAUAUUUUCUCCACCGUAUGGUUGACUUUCAGUGGGAUACUGUUCUGUUUCCCGACCAAACUACCGGCAACAGCAGGGUCGAUGAAUUAUGGGUCGGCUGUCCUAGUGGGAGUGUAUAUCCUUAUAAUGCUACUGUGGUUAGAGCGGAAGAAUAAGUUCACCGGGCCAAAGAUCAACUGGGAUGCAUUGAACAUGAGCAACAAAUUGGCAUGA